AUUAUUCAUUUGAGGUAAUUUCCGAAUCUGUACGGUGACCGUUGAUCGAACUGAAGAGCCGAUAUUUGCAUGUCGGGCUUCACUUUGUUGUACCUCUACUUCAUCGCAAUCAAUUUGGGUUUCGCGGCAUAAAUAUCUAAUAAAUACCCAUAUUUUCAUCUUAAUUUUCGAAUUAAGAAAGCAUUGGUUUCUCCGUCUUUCUUGGACAAGAAGAACAGGUGUAUGAUCCAACCAGCAAAAAUAAAUAGAAGCUUGAAGUACUAGAAAGAUUUAUCUUAUGUCUCAGGCAGUCUUUCAAUUCUCCUCUUCAUCUGUUUCAUUACCGAUGGGCAUAAUCAAAUCUCCUGUGAAAUCCGUAAAUAUCUUUGGUUCCCAGUUGAAGUCUUGGGAAAUUGAGCAGACCCAGAUGAGAUUUUUGGAUUCUUUCAAGAGAACUCCAACUUUAAGAUUGAAAGCCUUAAGGGAGUCUGCAGGUCUAACUCAGGAGAUCAUAGAUAACCCACAGAAGAGCAUUGGAACAAUUGAGAAGGGUUCUGAUACUUUCAAGGAGAUGAGACAUCGAUUUCUUAGUUUCAAAAAGGAUAAAUACUUGGAAAACUUAAAACAUUAUCAAACUCUUGCCAAGGGACAAGCACCUAAGUUCAUGGUGAUUGCUUGUGCAGAUUCACGGGUUUGUCCCUCGAGCAUCCUGGGGUUUCAACCAGGAGAAGCCUUUGUGGUCCGGAAUGUGGCAAACCUGGUGCCACCGCAUGAGAAUGGACCUACAGAAACAAAUGCUGCUCUUGAAUUUUCUGUGAAUUCUCUUGAAGUGGAAAAUAUACUAGUUGUUGGUCACAGCUGCUGUGGGGGGAUCCAUGCCUUAAUGAGCAUGCAAGAUGUAAAAAAUUCAAGCGGUAGUUUCAUUAAAAGUUGGGUAGUAGUUGGAAAGGAUGCAAGGUUGAGAACAAAGUCUGCUGUUUCAAACCUCGAUCUUGAUCAGCAGUGCAGGCACUGCGAGAAGGAAUCAAUCAACAGGUCAUUGUUGAACUUACUCACUUAUCCAUGGAUAGAAGACCGGGUAAAAAGGGGGACGCUUUCACUUCAUGGUGGCUACUAUGACUUUAUUGAUUGUACUUUUGAAAAAUGGACGCUUGAUUGCUCCAGACACGCAUCAAAAGUUGAUGGUGAAUACUCCGUUAAAAAUCGAGAGUUUUGGUCUUGAGUUUGCUUUCACAGUUUCAAAGUGUGUUGUUUCCUUAUCAUCUUUGAUUAUAACUUCUGUAUCAAAUAAAAAGCUGUUGAUUAUAAUUUAUAUUACCUUUUAUAAUUUUCGAGCAAAGAAGGGACAGUGCUGUAGAAUUCAAGGCCUUGUAUCAUGCACACUCAUUUCUCGUUCUCUAUAUAUAUCUUUCACUAAA